AUGCAAGAGCCCACGGGCCCCGAAAACCUCCUCCCUCAUGCGCGCGCGCAACCUUUUCCGUCGCCGGCGCCACCGCUUCCGAAAAUUUCCCUCUUCUCUUUCUCUUUCUUUCCGUGCCACUCCCCAAUCCGUUCUCCAAUCCCACUCCCCUGUAUGCCGGCGUCCGGGACGCGCUCCCGGGGCCGGCCGCCGCAGCCGGUGGAGGAGGGGGCGCGCGACGCAGAAGCGCCGGUGGAGGAGGCGGGCGAGCUCGGCGCCGACGGCGAUGCGGCGGUUAGUGCGUUACCGGCUCACCCGGUGAGCUCUUCCAGCUCGGGUGAGGACGAUGGGGAGGAGGCGGGGGAUGGGGAUGAUGAGGACGCGGAGGGGCCGCUCCUCCCCAGCUGCCCCGUGUGUAUGAACGCGUGGACCGCCGAUGGCGAGCAUCGCGUAAGUUGCAUUCCUUGUGGACAUGUCUACGGCAGAUCUUGCUUAGAAAAAUGGUUAGCACAGUGUGGGAAGAAAAGUGCCACGUGUCCUCAGUGCGGCAAGAUGUUUAGACAAAAGAACAUUAUCAACCUCUAUGCACCAGAGAUUGUUGUUCCAAAUAAUGAUCUUGAAAAGCAAGUAUUAUCAUUGAGAGAUAAAAAUGAAUUUCUUGAGAAUCAACAACAAAAAUUAAUUGAGGAGGUAAAAGAAUAUAAGAGGCAGAUUUUGUAUCAGCAACGUCUAAUAAAUGAGUCAAGCUCAAAGCGACAGAAAAUGGCAGAACAAUCAUCGAAUGGAGCAAUGAUUGCAGAGUCACUUCCCUCACUUAGAGCACAUGGUGGCAGUAGCGAUCUUUGCAAGUUUGUUCUCCAGAAUGAGUUUGUCCUGGAUGGAGCUCGAGUCAUGGGCAUAGAUGCAUCCAGCCAGAUUAUAGUAGCUUCUGGAAGGGCUCCUGGAGUUAGUGCUGAACAUGUCCUUACCAAGAUCUGCAUGUUCUCUAGACAGGAAACAAAAGUCCGCCUUCCGCCUAACACUAAAGCUGUCAGGGAUAUUUGUAUAACUCCUGGGGGCCUUGCUAUUUUUGCAUCUCUUGGCAGGAAAUUGUCACUUCUCAGCAUGACAACCAACAAUGUUGUCCUUCAGUAUGAUCUACCGGCUCCAGGCUGGUCCUGUUCAGGGGAUCAAACUGGCCCCAAUCACGUAUAUGCUGGAUUACAGAAUGGCAUGCUUUUGGUCUUUGAUACCCGCCAAACUAAAGGACCACUGCACUCCUUGAGUGGCCUAUCUACAAACCCAGUUCAUACAAUCCACUCUGUCGUAGAUGAUAGCGGUUCCACGAAGAUCAUCUCUGCUUCUUCCAUAGGACCCUGCAUUUGGGAUGUAGAUGGCAGUGAAAAUAGGCCAAAUUUGCUUACCGGGAUGGAAAACCAAGGGGUCUGCAUAUCCCUUGCAUGUGCCGCUCCAUCAAGUGAUCUGAUUGUGGCUUCCUUCCGUCCGAGGGUCGAGUUUUCGGGCGAUGGCAGUGCAUCUCAAAUGGGUAUAUCACAAUCACCGACUCUCUCCAGUUCUGGGAAGCUCGGGUGCCACGCUCUCCUGAGGAGGAAGAGCAGCACAUCCUUCGUGAAAGAGCAGAUCUGCAACGGCAACGUGAGUGAGCUGCGGAUGUCGAAGUCCGCAAUCUUACCCUGCAGCGGAACCGACCAACGCCUCUUUGCCUACGGCGACGAGUCGCUGCGCGGAGUUCGCACGUGGCGGCUGCCUUCGUUUCAGCCGCUCGCUGAUCUCAGGCCGCACCGCCAACCUAUCCUUGACCUGAGGUUUGCGGAGAGCUCCACCGGGGAGAAGUACCUCGGGUGCUUGAGCGAGGAGAAGCUGCAGGUCUUCAGAAUUAGGUCGUAG